AUGGACAGCCUCCACCCUGGACUGGCAGACGAUGCUUCAGUGAUUGGAGAUAUGGAAGACGCGAACACGAGUGCACUUGGCGGCGCUCGACGCCGACGCCAUGACGACGAAGAUGACAGUUCCGACGUGCUGGAAGAUGACGAUUUGGAGAGCACGGUCGGUGGACCGACAAACGGAGAACACGGACACGCAGAGGAAGAAAAAGAGCUUCCAGCUCAUGCAUGCGCCUACUGCGGUAUCCAUAACCCCAGCAGCGUUGUGAAAUGCCUUUCUUGCAACAAAUGGUUUUGCAGCGCUCGCGGUAGUUCCUCGUCAUCCCACAUUGUUAAUCACCUUGUUCGCGCUCGCCACAAGGAAGUUCAGCUCCACCCAGCCUCGUCUCUCGGUGACACUAUCCUCGAAUGCUACAACUGCGGAACCAAGAACGUCUUCCUCCUCGGUUUCAUUCCUGCGAAAUCGGACACCGUCGUGGUUCUUCUAUGCCGUCAGCCAUGUGCUGCACUGCCUUCCUCCAAGGACAUGAACUGGGAUACAUCUCGCUGGCAACCGCUCAUCGAGGACCGCUCUUUCUUGCAUUGGCUUGUGGGAACUCCCACUGAUCAAGAACAGCUGCGCGCGCGUCAUCUGAGCCCUCAGUUGAUUGCAAAGCUGGAGGAAAUGUGGAAAGAUAAGCCUCAGGCCACCUUGGAGGAUCUUGAGAAGGCCACCGCUGUGGAUGAUGAGCCCGCGCCAGUCCUGCUGCGCUACGACGACGCCUUUCAAUACCAGAAUAUUUUUGGGCCCCUCGUUAAAAUUGAGGCUGACUAUGACCGAAAGCUUAAGGAGUCUCAAUCACAGGACGGCUUGGUGGUUCGUUGGGACCUUGGUCUCAACAACAAGCAUCUCGCAAGUUUUGUUCUCCCUAAGCUCGAGCUUGGAGAUGUGAAGCUAGCAGUUGGCGACGAGAUGCGCCUGAAGUAUAACGGCGAACUGCGACCCAAAUGGGACGGAGUUGGAUACGUCAUCAAGAUCCCAAACAACCAGUCUGAUGAGGUUACCAUCGAAUUGAGCGCGAAGGGCGACCACCACAAGUCUGCGCCCACUGAAUGUACCCACAAUUUCACCGCUGACUAUGUCUGGAAAUCGAUCUCUUUUGACCGUAUGCAAUGCGCCAUGAAGACUUUUGCUGUGGAUGAGAUGAGCGUUUCAGGAUACAUCUUCCACCGUCUCCUCGGCCAUGAAGUUGCAGCCGCGCCGAUGAAGACACAGAUUCCGAAGAAAUUCAGUGUCCCCGGUCUGCCGGAUCUGAAUGGCAGUCAGAUCAAUGCCGUUAAGAGUGUUCUGCAGCGACCGCUGAGUCUGAUUCAGGGCCCUCCUGGAACUGGUAAGACCGUUACUUCGGCUACCAUCAUCUACCAUCUUGCCAAGCUCAAUGGAGGCCAGGUGCUCGUCUGCGCUCCCUCCAACGUGGCGGUUGAUCAGCUGUGUGAACGUAUCCACCGAACUGGCCUGAAGGUGGUUCGAGUGACUGCCAAGUCUCGCGAGGACGUUGAAUCUCCCGUUAGUUUUCUUUCCCUGCACGAGCAGGUGGCAAUGAAUGAUACCAACAUCGAAUUGGUCAAACUCAAUCAGCUCAAAGGCGAGCUGGGAGAACUAUCCAGUCAGGAUGAGAAACGCUUGAAACAACUCACUCGCAACGCGGAGCGUGAGAUCAUCAGCAACGCCGAUGUCAUCUGCUGCACCUGUGUUGGUGCGGGCGAUCCUCGUCUGUCCAAACUGAAGUUCCGAACCGUUCUCAUUGACGAGUCGACCCAGUCCGCGGAGCCUGAGUGCAUGAUUCCCUUGGUCUUGGGCUGCAAGCAAAUAGUGCUGGUCGGUGAUCACCAACAACUUGGUCCUGUUAUCAUGAACAAGAAGGCAGCCAAGGCUGGUCUUAACCAGUCUCUUUUCGAGCGUCUUGUCAUCUUGGGCUGUUCCCCCAUCCGCCUUAAUGUCCAGUACCGUAUGCACCCCUGCCUGUCUGAAUUCCCAUCGAACAUGUUCUAUGAGGGAUCCUUGCAGAACGGCAUUACUAUCGCCGAUCGUCUUCGCCGUGAUGUUGACUUCCCUUGGCCCAUGAUGGAUGACCCCAUGAUGUUCUGGUCCAACCUGGGCCAUGAAGAGAUCGCAGCUUCGGGAACUUCGUACCUCAACCGCACUGAGUCGACAAACGUCGAGAAGAUUGUCACUCGCUUCUUCAAAGCUGGUGUGCAGCCCAAAGACAUUGGUAUCAUCACUCCUUACGAGGGUCAGCGAAGCUACAUCGUCAGCUCCAUGCAGGCUAGUGGAACUUUCAAGAAAGAGCACUACAAGGAGAUUGAAGUGGCAUCCGUUGAUGCGUUCCAGGGCCGAGAGAAGGACUACAUCAUUCUAUCCUGUGUCCGUUCUAACGACCACCAGGGUAUUGGUUUCUUGAGCGACCCACGCCGUCUCAACGUUGCACUUACUCGUGCUCGAUUCGGUCUUGUCGUCCUCGGAAACCCUAAGGUACUGUCCAAGCAUCCUCUUUGGAACAACCUUCUACAGCACUUCAAGGAACGACACUGUCUCGUAGAGGGUCCCUUGUCGAACCUGCAGGAGUCGUUGAUACAGUUCAGCCGCCCCAAGCAAGCUUAUAGAGGUCCUCAGCGUUUCCAAAUGUCGUUCAAUCAGCCAUCCAAUGUCAACCCGGUCGCUAUGAACGGCCGCAAUGGCUAUCGCAACGAGUACCAUGAUUCGGGAUCUGUGGUUGGAUACAUCCCCGACGAUGUUUCAUCCGUCCAUUCAUCCACCUUGGGUGGAGUUGGUCUGCCCUCCGGAUACCCCCCAAUGUUCCAGCACUUCACUGAAUCGUGGCGUGAUCGCCGGGGCAAUGGUGGCCGAGCAAAGGGUGCUCCAAGUGUCGCUGGGGAGUCUGUUGCUGCCACCGAGUCCGAUGUUCUCAGCAGCAUCGUUGACACCCACAGUAUCGAUCAGGGUGGUGUCAGCCUUACCGGUCUUAACAUCAACAACAUGAAUAAGCAGCCCAGCUUCAAUCAGUCCGAUCGACUUAAGCGCUACGUGGAGUCUGGCGGUCGUGAGCCCUACCGUGCCGGCGUCCCUGACAACGGCAGCAUCUUCGGCGGUAGCUCCGCUAGUCUUCGUGUCACUCGUGGUGUUCCCGGCUCCAGUCAGAACCAUGAUGACGACGAUGCCCGUAGUGUUUCCACCGCAUUUGCCAGUCAGGUCGGUGGUAACUACGACUGA